ACAAUUGUUUUGUAUGGUGCAUUUUAAGUAUCCGGUUUGUUGUUGUUAGACAAUAGAGUUCAUUGUCUUUUUAGGUCUGAUUUCUUUCGCUGAAUGAAGUACACAUUUAAAUUUAAGGCAAGCCCAUCAUGUCUUCAAGAAGCUGGGCUGGAUUCACUGACGAGGAUAUAGAAAAAAUAAAAUUAAAUCCCACGGUUCCCAACCUCUGCGGUGACAGUUCCUGUGACAUCACUGUUUCAUCAGCUAAGAACCUUAAUCGAGGGCCAAUGAAAAUUAAAUCUCCAAAAUGUGUAAACCAAGAUGAUUUUUCAGACUUGAAUGACAAUAAAUGUCUGCUUGAUAAACAAAUGAAAAGGGAUGCUUCUGUUUCAAAAAGUAAAGCAAAAAAGUUAGCAAGACUGGAGAGAAGAUCAUCAUCUACUGAAAAUCCUAGUGAUUCUAUAUGCAAAAGUUCAACUGAUGAGCAGAAUGAAACUGAUGCCAAACAAUUGCCACCAACAUUAUCAACAUCUGAUCCUGAUGUUACAGUCAUUCAGGACAUUUCUUCUGAAAGAAGAGAAGAACAAGAUCAAAGUCUGCUACCAUUAGAAGUGUUUGAAUUAAGGCAAAAACGCAUAGAAGCAGAAAAUGCAAGACGUAGAGCUCUUAUAAACAAAGCAAUCAUGGAUAAGAAAAAGAGGACACAGGCAGAAACUGAUAAAUUAGCAAAAAUUACAGCAGAAUUAAAUCGUCUUGAUAGUAUUUUAAGUGCCGAUGUCUCCAUACUACGCAAUUACAUUGAAAAAGCAAGUAUGGAAUUUUCUGAAGCUGAAAAGAGAUACUUAAAAGCUGAAAAAGAAUUUGUUGAAGCGAAAUUAUUGUUAUUUGAGAAAAUGCAGAGGAAAGAACAACUUACUGAACAUUUGUGUGCAAUUAUUGAACAAAAUGAAAACAGAAAAGCCAAUAAACUUGUUGAACUUAUGAAGCAACUAGAAAUGGACUCUAUCAUAGAAGAUUAUGAAGUAAAUGAAGUUCAACCAAUAUUGACAAAUCUUUGUAUGCUGAAUGAUGAAGCUUAUCACUUUUGCCAAACACUGAAACCCUGCUCAUCACCGAUCACAACUAAUGCAGAAGAAAACCAGACAAGAAAAUCAAAUGAUUCUUUUUUGCAAGCCAGUGCUGACCAUCAGGUGCGGGACACCGAAUCAGAAUCUCUACUGGCAUCCAACCCAGAACCUUGUAAUAAUGAUAAUGAAAGGAUAGCAGAUGUUGCUAAUCCUGCACCAAAAGAGUUGAAGUCAUAAUACCAGAUACAUAUACAAGAAAACCAAAGUCAUUUCAUUAGUAAGAUAUGGGGCAUUUCUGCUUAGUGCGUGACAGUCCAAAACACAUGCCUGAAAACUUUGUGUUCCAGUUCUCCAAUGAGAAUCAUGCACCAUUGCAGAUCCUGUAGCAUAUAUUAGCCAAUGAGUACAAAGUAAGAUCAAUGUUGUUAAUUUUGUUCAUCUUGCCAGAGAGCAGCAUGUUUCCCAGAACAUGUUUAAGAAAGUGCAAUCUUUUGUCAUAGUUGUCUGCAAAAAAUGUAAAAUACUCGUAUACUGUUUAAAAAUCAUACACAGAGGAUUUUCCUUCUGUUAUUUGUGCAGUAUUGAAAUUUAAUAUUGUAGUGUGUAUAAUUUGUUAUUGCAAUUUUUUUAUUUCGUGCGGUGGAAGGGCCGAAGUUCUUAAGCAUGUGCGUACGUAAGGAUAAUGCGAGUUGUAUUGGAAGAAAAUUUAAUAUUUCUGUGGAAACAAAGGGACAAAAAGUUAUUAAUGCAGAAUGCCUGUUCUCUGCCUUUUUACUGGAGUACAGCAGUGAAAUCAUUAAAAAAUACUUGAGAGGACAAAAAAAAAAAAAAAAAAAAAAAAAACAGUUGUAGAAGAAAUGCAUUCAAGAAAUUGGUAUCAAGAAUAAAUCUUUAGCUAUCGAUUGCAUUAAAACAGUUCCAUUCUGCCUCUCUAUGGAUGAAGGCAAUAAUACCAAUGCAAAAUUGAAUACAGUUGUUUCUUCUUCUUUUUAAAUCCAGUCUUCAGAAAUUGAGUGUAGUUUAUUUUCUGUUCCCAUAAGGAGAUUCAACAGGCUUUAAUGCUUAGCACAGCUAAUUAUUAAAACUUAAGAAAGUGCAAGUCUUCAGGAUAAUUGCUUAGCAAUGAAUGCGAACAAUGCACCAAGAAUGGUAGGCUUCAAGACUGAUGUUGCAGGCAUGCUUAAAGUAAAAAAAAAAUCUGAUUUGCAAAUUAUGAGGUGCACCUCUUAAAUUUAGCAAUUAAAAAAAGGUCAGUGUCUUUGCCAAUAAGUGUGGAUGAAUACAUUGUUGAUACUUAUUAUUAUUAUUGUUAUCUUGGAAAGACUGCUAAAAAGAAGGGAAAAUUGAAACAAUUCCAACAGCUGCAUAAUACUGAAUUAAGAAAAAAUCUGAAAUAAGUAUGUAUUUGCUAGUUAUCUUUAGAGAAACGUUUUUCUAGAAUCCUCGAACAAUGGAACCCACUUCUUACGUUUUUUAAGGAAGAAGUAAAUGUUUCUAGAUUUAAGACAAAAGGUUCUAUGAAAGUUAAACCUUAAGUAAAUGGAGAUGUAGUUAUUACUUCAGUUGUUAAAAAUAUGUAUGAACGUGGCGGCACGCAAUUGGAAAUUGAUCUGUCAGCACUAUCCUUAUCUUCAGGGCAGAUGUUUUUAUUUUAU